AUGCAAUUAAAAACAAAGCUAUUGCUGACUUAAUUGAUGUUAUAAAAUUUAAUAAGUUUGAUUUAAGCUGGAAAUCAAGAGAGUAAGGAUAUGAUAAUUUUAAUUGUGAACGCAAUUGGAAUAAUAUUGAAUUUAAUAAUUUUCUGUCUCAUUUAUUCAAAAUAGAGAGAGGACAUCAUUAACUCAAUUGUUCAAUUCCAUAUCAUUUUUUAAUUGGAAAUAAUAUUUUACAAUGUACACACCAUAAAUACUUAUUUCCUAUUUAUUUAUUUACUUGCAAUUGAGAACAUAUUGAAAAAUAACAAUAAAUGUUAUUAAAUUUUGACUCAUCUUCUUUGCUUAUACAUAUCUGUUAGGAUGACUAUUUAAUUUUACUCAGAAUUUGCUACAUUUGAAUUCAUCUUAUUUGUUCUCUGGUAACCACUUAACCAUGCUUUUCUAUAUUUAGAUAAAUUAACAUAAGAAAAAACUCCAAUGAUUCCCAAUACUCCUUCACAAAAGACAUCAGCAAAUCCUCAAGCUCAUUUGAGUUAUGGAGAUUAAUUUUAAUAAGAUUUAUUAGAAGAGAAAUCACCACAUCCAGAAAAGAAUGUAAAUGUAACUUUAGAUGAAGAUCUUCUAAAUUGUCUACCAUAUGGAUUGGCAUUAAUAGAUAAAAAUUAUCAUGUACUUCAUCACAAUGAAAAACUUUUAAAUUAUUUAAUGGUAAAAUCAACUGAAUAAAUUGUAAAUUCUUUAGAUUAAUUAUUAUCCAAGUAAAUCUUACCCUUAUUCAUAUAUAGUGCUGAACUAAACUCAUUUAAAACUCAUCUUCAUGCUAAACACAAACCUCCAAUAGUUCCACUUAGAAAACUUAAACAAAGUUCGGCAAAUCAUUAUUAAGUUGGUUCAGGAAGAACUUUAAAUUAAACUAAUUGGCUAUCUGAUCGUUUGAAAGUUAAUUUAAAGAAUAAAGAAUCAUUUUAAUCAAGUAUUCAUGAUGAAGUUACAUAUUAAUAUGUAUAAUUCGUUAUGAAUGAAUUCUAAUAAAACAUUCAUAGAUAAAUGAGUAAUGGAUAAGAUAGUCAAUCUAAGGCAUCUGAAACUACACAUAUGUUUUAGUUCCAUGUAGUUUAAGAUCUUAAAACUAAAAAGAAACAUUAUUAAAUUAAAGUAUAUGAAGUUAAGCUUUAGGCUAAAACAAAAGAACCAGUAUAUUUAUUUGUAAUAGAAAAUAUUACAAAUAAAGAAGAACUCAAAGAACUUACUUUUAGAUAUAAAUUUUAAUAGGCUUUAUUAAAUUCAUUUAGUCAUGAAUUAAGAACACCAUUAAAUUGUUCUUUACCAUUAUUGUAAGUAUUAAGCAAAAAGAUUGAUGAACAUCUCUAUUUUACAUUAUUAUUACCUGCAAUUACAUCAAGCAAAAGAUUAUUAUUAUAAAUAAAUGAUAUUUUAGAUUAUGCAUAGAUUGAAUGUUAAGAUUUUAAAUUAAAUUUAGAUAACUUUUUUGUUAGUGAAAUAUUUAAUGAUUUAAAAGAAUUAUUUUAAUCAGAAUGUUAAUAAAAAUAAAUUGAAUUGAUAUUAAAUUUUAAUAAUUAAUUAAAUAUUUGUAGUGAUAAAUUAAGAAUAACAUAAAUUUUAGUUAAUUUAUUGAACAAUUCAGUAAAAUUUACAAAAUAAGGAGGUAGAAUAGUACUUUCAGUAAAAAAAAGAGAUAAUUAAUAUGUAUUUUCAGUAUGGGAUAAUGGAGAAGGUAUUAGUAAUGAUUAAAUGUUAAAUAUGUAAAAUUAACUCUUAUAAUAAAAUGGAUCAAAUAAAUUAGGAUUAGGUUUAAGAGUUUCAAGAGGAAUAGUUAAAUUUUUAAGUGGAGAUGGGGAAUUAUAAAUUAAGAGUUAGAAAGGAUUCUAUACAGUUGUGAGUUUCUCUAUAGAUGAAUAAGUAAAAACAGGUAUUUAAGAAAUUGGAUCUUCAUUAAAAGAUAUUGAAGAGAUUAAAUCUAAUUCUAAAGAUUCAAUUUAGAAAGUUUAUGUUUCAUCUAAAAAAUUUUUAAAUUAAUAAUGCAAAUGUCCAUAGAUAUUGAUAGUAGAUGAUGUACCUUUUAAUCAUAUAGCACUGCUUGCUCUAUUAUAAGCCUAUGAAUGGAAAGCGGAAAGUUCUUAUGAUGGUGAUUCUGCAAUACGUAAAGUAAAACUAAAAUUAUAAAAUACAUGUUGUAGAGUCUAUAGAAUAAUUUUUAUGGAUAUUGAAAUGCCAGGAAAGAAUGGAUUUGUGGUUAGUAGUGAAGUAUAGAUGCUUAAAUUAAUUAGAGAUCUCUGAAAUUCUUCGUAAAGAAGGAUAAAAUACCGUUAUUGUAAUGUGUUCAGCAUAUAAUGGAUAAGAGAAUGCCGAAAAAGCCCAUGAGAGUGGAAUGCAUGAAAUAGUAUCCAAACCAAUUUCAUUGGAUUCUUUACAAAUGCUUUUAGGAAAAUACUUUUGUUGA